AUUAUUGGAAACUAAAUCAGAACAUGUCAAAGGAAAAACAGAGAGUUGAAAAUUGAAAGCCCGCUGAAUCAAACGCCAUCAACGCGCGGCAAUCACUGCCCUUAAAUACAAGAUCUCACAAGAAACCCAGAAACCAGCGACCCUUUCUUCUUCCUGCAAUUCUUGCAAGAUGGGUAAAGGAAUAUGGAUUCACUGGGCGAUCAUGGCGCUUCACGUCGUCGCCAUUCUCUUAUUCACCAGAGGUUUUCUUCUCACCCGGACGGAGCUUCCCUUUUACAGCAACUGCUCCGACGCUUCCCAAUCGCCUUGCUCAUACUCCGUUCCAGAAACCCAGAACCGGAAUGACACCGUUGAGCCGAAUCAGCAGCGUUGCUGGAGCAAGCCUGCUGUUGGGCGGCUUGUAAUCAUCGUUUUCGACGCUCUCAGGUUUGAUUUUGUAGCUCCGAGUACUUUCUUUCAGGAAUUGAAGCCAUGGAUGAACAAAUUACAGCUUAUACAAGACCUGGCAGCUAGAAAUGCAUCGUCUGCUCGGAUUUUCAAAGCCAUAGCUGAUCCGCCCACGACGAGUUUGCAGCGUUUGAAGGGCUUGACAACUGGUGGAUUGCCGACUUUUAUUGAUGUUGGGAACAGCUUUGGUGCUCCGGCUAUAGUUGAAGAUAACUUGAUACAUCAGUUGGCUAAAAAUGGAAAGCGAGUUGUGAUGAUGGGUGAUGAUACAUGGACGCAGUUGUUUCCUCAUCACUUUGAAAAAUCUUUUCCUUACCCCUCUUUUAAUGUUAGAGAUCUUGAUACGGUGGACAACGGAUGCAUUGACCACCUUCUUCCAUUCUUGUACCAAGAAGAUUGGGAUGUUCUUAUCGCACACUUUCUUGGAGUGGAUCAUGCUGGGCACAUAUUUGGGGUUGAUUCUGUGCAAAUGAUAGAAAAGUUGGAGCAAUAUAACAAUGUCUUGCUGAAAGUAGUUGAAGCACUGGAGAGGCAGUCUGCGCCAGGGGGCAUACAUGAGAAUACUCUUCUACUUGUGAUGGGCGAUCAUGGUCAGACUGUGAAUGGAGAUCAUGGUGGAGGAAGUGCUGAAGAGGUUGAGACAUCCAUGUUUGCUGUGAGCUUUAAGAAUCCUCCAUCUCCCAUACCAUUAGAGUGUGAUACUUCAUCUUGUGAACUAGACUUGGAUGGGAGGAAUAUAUGUGCCAGUUCCUUCCAGCAGCUUGACUUUGCAGUGACAAUAUCAGCGCUUCUUGGUAUCCCCUUUCCUUUUGGAAGUAUUGGGCGAGUUAAUCCUCAGCUAUACGCUUUAGGUGCUGGAACAUGGAAUUUUGAAGAUAGUGUGGGCAAUUCCCAAAGUCAUUCAAAGUUGGAACAAUGGAUGCUGAAUUAUGCCAAUGUACUCUGCACCAAUUCUUGGCAGGUAAAAAGAUAUAUAGAUAUUUAUUCAGCUUCAUCAGUUAUUGGAUUUUCCCACGAAGACUUGUUACACAUAGCAGACAUGUAUGCUAAAGCAGAAGAGAAAUGGUCACAUACUACAAAGAAAUUGCUGUCACAUGAAAAGGAAAGCCAGAAUGAAUUAUUGCCCACUCUUAAGAGGCAAAUUGAUUUGUAUUCUGAUUUCCUGGCAAGUGUUGCUGAACUUGCACGCUCCAAAUGGACCGAGUUUAAUUUAAAGAUGAUGGGUGCUGGACUUGGCAUUAUGUUGAUGUCACUUCUUAUGCAUUUUAUUGCAAUUAAGAAAGUGAAAGAGCAAUAUGGUUUUUCUUUUACUUCAUCUGGAGAUUCUGGGAUAUCCUUUGGUUUAAUUUUUUCUUGUUUUAUGGUGGUGAUGCGUGCAUGCAGCUUCCUCUCGAAUAGUUUUAUCUUGGAAGAAGGAAAAGCUGCAUGCUUUCUUUUGGCCACGACUGGACUGAUUAAGAUGCGAUAUUCAAUCAUGAAGAAGAAGAUGAUUUUAGAAGCAUUUGUUUUCCUUCUUCUGAUCACCAUUUGCAGAUUUACUAUUGAAGUUGGAAUGUCAAAGCAGGCUCCUAGUUCUGAAAUUAUUAAUGCAUAUCCUUCAUGGAUGCUCAGGAUCACUUCAGGGUUUCCAGUUUGGAAUAUUCUCGCUGGAGUUUUACCAGUAGUUGCCCUGAUUCUAUUGGCAAUCUUGCUGCGCAAGGCUAUUACUGGAAGCUCUUCUGAGGGGAUUUGGAAGUAUAUUGUCAUAGGAACUAAUAUAAGUUAUAUACUAAUAGCAGUGCAUUGGGCUUCAGAAAGUAACAUAUUGAAUCUGGACGAGGUGCUUAAAGGCAAUGGAAGAAAUAACCUUCCUCGACUGAUAUAUGCCAUUGGAUUUGGACAGUUGUUUUUACUGGCAUUUAAUCAGUUUUUCAAUAGGGGGAAAUCCUCAGAUUGCAGCAAAGUCUUAUAUAUUAAAACAGUGGCCAUGUUUUCUGCCUGGAGCUCAACAGUCAUUCUUCUGUUGGGAAAGCAGGGGCCCUGGAUUGCUUUAGCAUUCCUUAUUGGAGGUUAUUGCAUAAUGAGGCUGGAUAACAUAGAACUGGAUGCCAAAGAUGGAGGCAGUUGGAAUACGUCGCUUGAUCCCGUCCCUGUAACUCAAUGGAGCCUUUUUGCUGUGUGCCUGUUUUUCUGCACUGGUCAUUGGUGUGCUUUUGAUGGCCUCCGAUACGGCGCUGCAUUUAUUGGGUUCGAUGAGUUCGUCCUAGGUCCCCAAGCAAUCCUCCUUACAAUGGACACAUUUGGUUUUUCUCUCAUCCUUCCAAUAUUUGGACUUCCGUUUCUUGUUGCACGCAUGGGUCAGACCGAGAAAGGGAAGAAAUUCAUGCUCACGCGACUAUCUCUAGUGUAUAUGAUUUAUGGGGUCAUCACGGCCACUUUGGUCACAGCCACUAUAAUAUGCGUUGCAAUGCAUAGGCGGCAUCUAAUGGUAUGGGGUUUAUUUGCUCCUAAGUUUGUUUUCGAUGUGGCUGGUCUUAUCCUCACGGACAUACUUGUUUGUGUGGCGUCACAUUACUAUUUCAGUCAAGUAGAAGAUGAUGAUGCUCUACAAGACCCGUUCAGCGAAAAAUAGAAACCAUACAUGAAUACUAUUUGAGCUGUAUCUGCUGCUGUUCAUGCUCAAACACGACCGGACUUGAGCGUGCACAAGCAAUGGUCGUCGAACCUGCCUAACCCGUUUUCCUUACGAUGUGGAUUGUACAAUAAGUUAUCGAUAGCUCGUGAUCUAACUGAAAAUGAUGGAAAAAUACAAAGGUGAUGUCUAGCUGGGAAGUGAAUGCAAUGAGCUUGUAAGAAGUUUGGAGGGAACAGAUUGGAAGAUCCGCUUGUAAACUCGGACAUGUGGAGUGCAAGGGGAGUUAAAUGUUGACGUUUUUGUAGGGUAGCUAUGGUCUUCCACUGUAAAGGCCACCAAAAGCAUCUAAUGCACCUCCUGGCCGUAACUUAGCAGCCAGAAUCUCACACCCCCGAAUAAGACUAAGCGAAGGCUCGGGUUCCAGUUGGAACUGCCUCUAGUAUGACAAAAAGAACGCUUUUGUGUAACCCAAAACGCCUUCGGUGCCGCCAGCUGGAUUGCUUCUCUAGGAAGCUCUUAUGUUCAUAAGUAUUUUUGUAAGAAUUGCUCUUAUGAUAAAUACGUUUAAAUUUUUAUUAGCUUGAUAAAGAUUGAACCUGGCAGGUGCUUCUCCAAAAAGCGCUUCUAUGAGCUAGAAGCACUUUUAAGUCCAAAUGCAGUUUAGAAUCACCUUUAGCUGUUGGACAAAGCUUUUGAAUUUUUUCAAAAAGCACUUUCAAAUGCAGUUUACAUUAACGCACUU